AUGAUCCUCAAUCUUGCCUACGAUCCCAACACACAAGGUAUCCUUCCGAUGGAUGUCGCAACUCUCGCAGUUCUGUUCUCGGGCCUCGCUCCAACCUUGAUUAUCGUCAGGGUGGCAUACCGGAAGAAAUCAGACACUCACAAUGAACAGAACGAGAAUGUCACUAGGUCGAUGGCGUUUGCCGACCGACCAGUUGGUCAAAGCACAUACCAUUCACCCUCUGUUGAUCUCCGAUUCAGAUUGGGAGAACACGAGAAAAAUAAUCCAAGUGGAGACGACUCGGAGCCAGCCUCGGGCUCGAACGAAAAGAUCGUCUAG